GCUAUGGAGAAGUUUAUGGAGAUCAGCUCGGCCUCACCUUACCAGAAACCCAGAACCAGGAAAAGGUCGGCAGCUCAUGGCCCUGCUGGAGGCCAGGAUGGCCCAGAGGAGACUGUGAAUGGGGAAACUCUUCCAGGGGUGGCAGAAAAUCCAGCUCAGCUUCAGUCUGAAGAGGAGACAAUCGCCCUGGAUGUUCAGAUCCGAGCCACUGUGGUCCAUGUCCUGUGGGAGGCGCUGUGGAGUCGCGUUCAGGAGCUUCCCAACCUGGGGCUGAGUGAGGAGGUGGUGAAGGGCGUUGCUGCUGAUAUCGAAGCAGCCCUCUUUGACCUCACAUGGGGCAUAAGCUGCCGCUACAAGAGCAAGUAUCGCAGCCUGCUCUUCAACCUGCGUGACCCCAGGAACCCGGACUUGUUUCUCAAAGUGGUUCAUGGAAAUGUCACCCCCCGCGACCUGGUUCAGAUGAGCUCAGUGCAGAUGGCUUCCCAGGAGCUGGCCCGCUGGCGGGACCAGGAGGAGAAAAAAGAACUAGAGAUCAUUGCACAGCAACAGAAGGAGCUGCGUGGCCUUCCGACCUCUAAACUGACCCACAAGGGCGAGGUGGAGAUUCUUCGGGACACAGACCAGACACUGACCCUGGAAUACCCAGGACCUGUGGUGUCUGGAGACUGCAGCCUGCAGGACCUGCCUGCCCUGCUAGGGGACAUCACGGAUCAGCACGAUCACCACGUGCAGGACCCAGACUGCCACACUGGUGCAGAGUCUCCGAGUGAGCUGCUAGGCUUCUCCAGAGCCUCUAGGAGCAGGGAGAACAGUGUCCUCCAGAGAGACCCAAGCCCAGCUCCUGAGUCCUCUCCGGAGAUGCCCAGAACCAGGGAGACACCAUCCAUGGAGCCCCAGGACAGGGUUUCUCCCUCUAGGUACCAGAUGUCUGCUGGGCUUACAAAGGCCGGGCCCAGCCCACCUCCCUGGGAGGGGGUAAUUGACAUGUUCUCCAUCAAGCGGUUCCGAGCCAAGGCCCAGCUGGUCUCAGGACACAGCUGUCGGCUCAUCCAGGCUCUGCCCGAGGUGAUUCGCUCAGCAGGCUGUAUUCCCCCUAACACUGUGUGGGACCUUUUGACCACUGUCUCUUCAGCUGAGGCCAAGGAUAUCUCUGUGGUCAAACUGUGUCCCCAGAGCACUCGGGACACCCAGAACUGUCACAUGCUGUACUCCUACCUCAACAACAAGCAGUGCCAUGUACUGACCUCAGUGCAGCACAUGAGGGUGGUCCUGCUGCCCCUGCCUGCCUUCAAGCCGCUGCCCACCACACUGCGCCUUCUGGGCGGUCCGGGUUUGGAAAUCACUCACUCAAGCCUGCUGCUGGCUGUGCUACUCCCUAGGGAAGGGCUCCCAAACAGAGCUAUGCCUAACACCAAGUGGGGGAAGGUUCGGAAGAGAGUGUCCUUUAAGGAGGAAGUGGAGCUCAGAUUCUACCAGCCAGACAACAGGGAGCCAGAUAGGGCCCUCAAAGGCCCUCUUCCCCCAGAGGCUAACCUGCAGCAGAGCCAGAAUGGAGACAGCCUGUCUCCAAGGGGAGUCUGUGCUUGGUGGAAGUUCCCCAGAGGCAGGGGGAAACCAUGGGCAGAGGCUGAAACCUGGCAGUGUCAUGGCCGAGGAAAAGAGCCCCCCAAACCAGGCCGGUGCCUGCCCCAACAUCUGCAUUUAGCAAUGCCAGCUGCCAAUGGCUCUGGUUAUGACCAGCAUGUCCACAGGGCCUUUUGCCCCCACCAAGUCCUCAACCAGAACAUCAAGUUCCUAGUGAACCUUAAUCACCAGUUCCAAGCCUUACUGCACCCCUCAGGUCAGGAUCCCAUUUUCCCACCCCCUGUAGCAUUUCUUCAGCCCCCUAUACCCCCAGGGACUUACAGUCUGUGCUGCCAGCCCCCCACAGCUCCAGAGACCCCUAGCCCAGCCCCUCAUACUUCCUUGGGCCCGACCGUUGACACGGAGUGUCCCUUUCCUAAAAAGGCCUGA